CAGGAAAAGUGCAAGAGUUUUCCACGCUCCCAACUAAACUUUAAGUUGAAAUCAAAAGCGAAAAUUAUACAAGAUGUUGUGUCGCAGACACAGUUACUUACACUGCCAGCUGUUCCUGCUGCAGAUCCUCGUGGUGCCCUUCCUGGAGGGAUCUCCGGUUUCGAGUCCGGAGAUAGCGAGUAAUAGCAAAUCACCGAAUAGCGUGCAACAGGCACAGCAGCAGCAGCAGCAGCAACAGGAGGCGCAUCUCAACUCUCUGAGUGCCUAUGCCAGCGGCUACAACGUGGCCCAAAACCAAGUUCAGAACCAGGUUCAAACCCAGGUUCUUUCGCCCACGGAUCCUGCAUUUAAGCCCUCCUACAAGAUGCCCGAAAUGGAGACUAACUUCACGCCCAUGCAAACUGCUGGAACUCCAAGUGUGGCCGGUCUACCGUCGACUCCUAUGCUCAUGCAGUACCUCCCGGCCCAGACAAUCCAGGAUGGAUCAGGGAACACGGUCCAGUAUCUUCAGUUAAUCCCCACCCGGCCAAUUAUAGUGCCCAUCUCGCCGUACCUUUCGGCCGCUGCGGCCGCAGGAUCUCCGUCGAUCUCCGCCGGCGGACAACCGGACUUUGGCGGACGGACAGGCCCUGUUUUGAGUGCUCUGCCGCCUAAUUUUGCAGCUCUCCAGGGCUAUGCCGCUGGGUCCAUCAAUCCAGCUGCCGCCUUCCGCAACAGCUACCGGAUAAAUCGUGAGGCCAAGGACAAACACUUUCCGCCCUCUUUUUCGCUAAACCUCAACGAGUAUUUGCCGGCCUCCUCGAUGGGUUUGAGUGGAGGUCAUGAUGCCUCCGCCAACGGCCCACAUGUCUACCUUAGGGCCAGACCUUAG